AUGGCUUCUUCAACUUCUUCUUCUUGUUGCCUCUUCCCCUCUUUCAUCUCAUCCAACGCCAAACGCGUCCCAAUCCAAAUCUGCUUCAACUUCACAGUCCCCAAACCUUCUUCACAGAUUCACUGCCAGUAUCAUUCAAAUUCCAAUUCUUCUACAAAUCAUUCUCACGGAAUCGAACGCCGCUGGGUUGAAGCAUUCGAUCAAUCCCGCGCAUCUUCCGAGAGAUUCACCGUAGCGUCGUAUAACAUACUUGCUGAUAGAAAUGCUUCGCAACAUGCUGAUUUAUACGUUAACACUCCUUCUCGUUAUAUCCAUUGGGAUCGAAGGAAAAAGAUUCUUUCUCAAGAAUUCUUUGAAUGGAGCCCUGAUAUUAUGUGUUUACAAGAGGUGGAUAAGUAUUAUGAACUCUCAAAUAUUUUGGUUAAUGGAGGAUAUGCAGGAUCUUAUAAGAGACGAACUGGAGAUACAUCGGACGGCUGUGCAAUGUUUUGGAAAGCUGAUAAGUUCCGGUUAUUAGAUGGAGAGACUAUUCAAUAUAAGGACAUCGGCCUUCGUGAUAAUGUUGCUCAACUUCUAGUAUUUGAGAUGCAUGGAUCUAACUCAAGAAGACUGUUGGUUGGUAACAUCCAUGUACUUUAUAACCCAAACAGGGGAGAAGUUAAAUUAGGUCAAAUUCGUCUCCUCGCAUCAAAAGCACAGAUCCUCUCAAAGAAAUGGGGUAAUGCCCCUGUAAUCCUUGCUGGUGAUUUUAAUAGUACUCCUCAGAGUGGAAUAUACAAGUUCUUGUCAUCGUCCGAGCUUAAUAUCAAACUAUAUGACAGAAAGGAGUUAUCUGGACAGAAAUGCUGUCGUCCUGCUCAGGUUUUAGACAGGGAAAAAGAAACAGUUGUUCAAUUUAUUUCACAGGAUGGAUUGUUAAACUGCUGGACAGAUGAAGAGAUAAAAACUGCAACCGGUGAUCCUGAGUGUCACUUGGCUGUGCAUCCAUUAAAGCUGAAUAGUUCGUAUGCCACUGUCAAUGGUUCACCUAGUACACGGGGAUUCAAUGGUGAACCCUUGGCAACUUCCUAUCACGCAAAGUUUAUUGGCACUGUAGAUUAUUUAUGGUACUCUGACGGAAUUGUACCUACAAGAGUUCUUGAUACCGUGUCAAUCCGUGACCUUCGAAGGGCUGGGGGCCUUCCAUGCAAGAAAGUGGGAAGCGACCAUUUGGCCUUGCUGUCCGAAUUUUCCUUCAGUUGCCCAAAAUAA